GGUCAGUCAAUGUAUGGUCUGAGUCACUCCAAGCCCCGGCGUCUCCAGUGGACGUGGCUCGGUCGAGCGGAACUGCAGUUUGGCUGCUGGACACUUCAUGUGUCCACGCUGCAGAUGUUCAUACUGCUGCAUUUCAACCAGCAGGAGGAAGUUGAGGUUGAGUCACUGCUGCGAGGAACACAGUUGUCUUCUUCUAUCCUGUUGCAUGCUCUGACUCCAUUAAUUAAUGAGGGGGCGCCGUUGAGCUGCAGCCAACCAGAAGACCCCAUAAAAGGUGUUCUAAGAUUAAACCAGAACAUCCUGUCUCAGAGUCAGGAUGGCACCCCUGCGUGCCUCCGCCUCCUGCCUAAGCAGACGUACUUGAACGUGGAUGAAGAUGCGGCAGGAACCCUGGAGAAGAAGAGGAACUACAUCUACUGCCUGAUCGUCCACAUCAUGAAGCGGGAGAAGGAGAUGCACAUCGACAACUUAGUCUUCAAGGUGCUGGACUCGUGUCAGAAACGAGACGCCGUGCGGCAUCUGGGUGGCAACAUUGGCGGCUUCAGCUGCAGCACGGCCGAUGUUCUUUCGUGCAUCAUGCAUGUCAUUAGCAAAGGCUGUGUCCGCCGCAAUGAGGACAAUCUACACAUUGUGGAGUUUGUUCCUGAGGACCCGUCCACGCCUCAGAAGGGCCAGGCCCAGUUCUCCUUCAGCCACACCGAUAUAAGGAAAAACUCGAAUGCAAACGAGCCCCACGCUGACAUCAG